UGCAUUCAUUCAUGACUUGAACUUUACAAUCUUCAAUACGUUUCUUGCCUUAGAUUCUAUUUCAAGUCUUGAUUGCACCUUGAAUCUGUUCUGUAUAGCACGAGAAUUCACAAUACUCCUGUUCGCCGCAUCAAUAAACACCAGCAACGAUUAUACGUCUUUAAGUGAAGCCUACUCGCAGUUCUUUCUAUCCCGUUUGAUAGAUAACCGCCAAGAUGAACGCGCCAGAUCGUUUCGAGCUGUUCCUCCUCAACGAGGCAUUGGACGAGAAGAAGAUCACCGAGAAGCCUUUUGCUGGAAUGUCAAACACCUCGGAUUUCAUCAUUCUCAAGGAAGACCACACCAUUGGCAACCUGCUUGCUGAGCACUUCAAGCAGCACCCUCACGUGAUGAUGGCUGGCUACAAAGUUGCCCAUCCCAACGUCCCCGAGGUCUUGAUCCGUCUUCAGACCGACGGCACAGUCACUCCCCGCGAGGUGUUCGUAGACGUGUGCAAGCAGCUUGUAGCUUCCCUCGGACAGCUCGCUCAGAACUUCACCCGAGAGUACGAGCUCCGCCGCAUGGCCACUGCGGGAGAGCAGGACAACAAUUCGGGCGGUGGUGCCAACGGCAGGCCUUAAGCGUUCUAUUACGGCGGCAUACAUUCUCAUGAUGCAUAAUGGACGGGGUUUGGUCGGAUACCAGGCGUUACGGUUUUGCUUUCAUUUCAACUCAUGUAAAAAGGUAGUUUGCAGUGUUCUAGGGA